AUGCCGAGAUUGAAGUCGGGGGAUAUCAAGUUCAAGUGGAGGAUGACUAUAUGCUCGGUUAUUAGUGGAGAGAGGAAGCAUGGGGAGGAGAAAGAAAGAGCCAAGUAUAAUGCUAAUAUUGAUGCUAUUUCUGCUGUCCGUGAAGAUGGGUUUUUUACCAUUACUAUUGAGAAAUUACCACCUCCCGAAUCCGAGAAGCCUAAGAAUAUUAAGGUCAACAUUACUUGA